ACCAGCACGUGUCUGGGUGGAGCGACAUCGUUGCUGUGCCGCGUUAGCAUCAAGUGGCUAACACGAAGCCGAUAGUUAGCAGGCUAAAAAAAAAAAUCUAAUAUUUGCACGAUUGUUUUAAGCUUGGCUUUCGCAACAACAGACCUCGAGUUGAGCCAACAUGCCUCCGAAGAAGCCGGCUCCGGCCGCGGGGAAUAAAAAAACACAAGAGAAGAAGAAGGAGAAGAUCAUUGAGGACAAAACGUUUGGCCUGAAGAACAAGAAAGGUGCCAAGCAGCAGAAGUUCAUCAAGAACGUCACACAGCAAGUCAAAUACGGACAACAAAAUGCCCGACAGGUGGCUCAGGCGGAGGCCGACAAGGCCAACAAGAAGACGGACAAGAAGAAAGAGUUGGAUGAACUCAACGAGCUCUUCAAGCCCGUCGUCGCCGCCCAGAAAGUCAACAAAGGUGUGGACCCCAAGUCGGUGCUGUGCGCCUUCUACAAGCAGGGCCAGUGCACCAAAGGAGACAAGUGCAAGUUCAGCCACGACUUGUCCAUGGAGCGGAAGUGCGAGAAGAGGAGCGUCUACGUGGACGAGCGGGACGAGGAGCUGGAGAAAGACACCAUGGACAACUGGGACGAGAAGAAGCUGGAGGAGGUGGUCAACAAGAAGCACGGCGAGGCAGAGAAGAAGAAAUCCAAAACUCAGAUCGUGUGCAAGUUCUUCCUGGACGCCAUCGAGAACAACAAGUACGGCUGGUUCUGGGUGUGCCCGGCAGGGGGGGGCGAAUGCAUGUACCGACACGCCCUGCCGCCCGGCUUUGUUCUGAAGAAGGACAAGAAGAAGGAGGAGAAGGACCAGGAGAUCUCCAUGGAGGAGCUGAUCGAGGGCGAGCGUGCGGCGCUCGGUCCCAGCGUGACCCGCAUCACCCUGGAGACAUUCCUGGCGUGGAAAAAGAGGAAAAGGCAGGAGAAGGCGGCCAAAGCCAGGGAGGAAAUGGAGAAGAAGAAGGCCGACUUCAAAGCCGGGAAGUCGCUGGUGGUAAGCGGCCGCGAGGUGUUCGAGUUCCGACCCGAGCUGGUGGACGACGACGACGACGAAGCCGACGACACUCGAUACGCCGACAAGGAAGACGAGGAUGGCGACGACGAUCGAGAAAAGGCCGACGCCCUGCAGGUGCAGGACAUCGACCUGUCCCGCUUCGUUCCGCAAGAAGUGGACAACACGGGCAUCACCGUUGCCGCCGUGGACCGCUUCACCGCCAGUAAGAGUCAAAAGAAGGACCGGGACUACGAACAGCUAAACGGAGCGUGCGGCGGCUCGGAGGCCAACGGGCCGUCGGGGGCCGAGGGAGGCGGGGAGGCCGGAGGAGAGGAAGACGACGAGGGCGACGGGGACGUCCCCGUGGACGAGAACUUGUUCACCGGGGAAGAUCUGGAGGAGCUGGACGAGGAGCUCAACACGCUGGCACUGGACGACUGAGCGGGGACACGUAGAGACCACCACAAGGACUGACCCGCGGAUGGAUGGAUGCAUGGAGACUUGAAGUCACAGAGACUCGAAUGAAAGCCCGAUCACAUCAUCACACGACUGCCCCCCCCCUCUCCGAUUUCUCUUGCCGCAACGAAUGAAAUCGGCACGAUGGGGAAACGUGAUGGACGAACUGAACAGCAGUGAUUCUGUUCUAAGAAAUUCAGUCUGUUCUUGUACCAAAACUCUACAGAAGAUCGCAUACAAUGUAUCCAACCUCCUAUUUUUUUUUUUUUUUUAAAUUCAUGUUGCGAUAACAGGAGGCUGGGGGGGGCCUUGGAUCUCAGCGGCCCCUCGCAACCAGUAGGCGAAUGAUGUGAUUGUAAAUUAUGUUCGCCGACGUCAUUGAGCAGGAAUAAAGAUAUUGUGCAUCCAAA